AUGGACAGGCAGCUCGUGGCGGGGCAGGAGGCAGCUAAACCUGCCCGCUCGCCCUCCCGAGCCGAGCGGGACCCGGCGGCGGGCAGCCAGCUCAGCAUCCUCCCGGCUUCGUGCGUGCAGUACCGCUUGGUGGUUCGGGACGCGAGCACCCUGCAGCUGCUCCAGCUGUACACCUGCCUGGACCAGAUCCAGUACGUCGAGUGGUCGUCCGACUCCCUGUUCAUACUCUGCGCCAUGUACAAGCGUGGGGUGGUGCAGGUCUGGUCCCUGGAGCAGCCGGACUGGCACUGCAAGAUAGACGAGGGCUCAGCAGGAUUGGUGGCUUCAUGCUGGAGUCCGGAUGGUCGUCACAUUCUCAACACGACCGAGUUCCAUCUGCGGAUAACUGUGUGGUCCUUGUGUACAAAAUCUGUAUCUUACAUCAAGUACCCCAAGGCUUGUCAGCAGGGGAUAGCUUUCACUAAGGACGGCCGCUAUAUGGCAGUAGCAGAAAGACGUGACUGCAAGGACUUCGUCAGCAUCUUUGUAUGCAGCGACUGGCAGCUACUGAGACAUUUUGACACUGAAACGCAAGAUCUGUUUGGGAUUGAAUGGGCUCCUAAUGGCUGUGUUCUGGCAGUGUGGGAUACGUGUCUGGAGUAUAAAAUAUUGCUGUACUCCCUUGAUGGCAGACUGCUAUCCACGUAUCGGGCUUAUGAAUGGUCACUAGGCAUAAAAUCUAUCGCCUGGAGUCCCAGCAGUCAAUUUCUGGCAAUUGGCAGCUAUGAUGAAAAGGUGCGUAUCUUGAACCAUGUAACAUGGAAGAAGAUCACAGAGUUUGAGCAUCCAGCAACCAUUGCUAACACGAAGACUAUUGUGUAUAAAGAAGUGGAGAAAUCCCCAUCUGUUGAAACAGAGAGACUUUCUUUCCCUCCAGCAAGAGCAUUGGCUAGUUCUCUCUUCAGCACACAGAGUAAAUAUGACAUUUCCGAGGUGCCAGUUUCUUUACAGUACAUCAAGCCAGUUGCUGACAGGGCAAAUCCCAAAAUGGGAAUUGGGAUGUUGGCAUUCAGUCCAGAUAACUGUUUCCUGGCAACCAAAAAUGAUAACAUUCCUAAUGCUGUCUGGAUCUGGGACAUUCAGAAGCUGAAGCUGUUUGUAGUCUUGGAGCAGCUGUGUGCGAUCCAGUCUUUCCAGUGGGAUCCGCGGCAGCCUCGCCUUGCUGUAUGCACAGGAAAUAGCAAAGUCUACUUAUGGUCCCCAGCUGGCUGCGUGGCGGUGCAGGUUCCCGUGGAGGGUGACUUCCAGAUCGUGUCUCUCUCCUGGCAUUCCAGCGGAGACUCCAUGGCGCUUCUGAGUAAGGACAACUUUUGUGUGUGUUACUUGGAAAGAGAAGAGGUAAAAUAACAAUCAUUUGCAUUAAAA